AUGAUAUCACUGGAAGAGUUGUCAGAAGCAAAGCACGACGAACAACAAUUACGAGCCGGUGCGGAAAUCUCAAGUCAACCAGCAAUCGGAGAUACUGCAAGCACGGCGUUCAUUUUCUUUUCUUCUGGAACCACUGGACCACCGAAACCUGUAAGACACAGCCAUCGAAGCCUACUGGCACAUCUUUGCCAACUCAUGACUGUAUAUGUCGGAGCGGCCAAAUCUGACGAAAAUCUUUUACGAUGCCUGAAACAUCGCUUUCCUGGACUUCAGGAUAUUAUCCAGUUAUUUGUAAUGACUGAGACAGAAAUGCUAAUCUUUGUGACUCCAUCUGCAAACUCAAUUCUUUCCUCAGUGGUAAGAGCUAUGCUUGGUGUUAAAUCGAAGGUAGUCAACGAUGACGGCAAACAACUUGGACCCAAUGAAAUAGGUCAGCUUUUACUGCAAUCACCGACAAUGAUGCAAGGCUACUUAGGAGAAGAAGAAGUACUCGUAGAAGCAUCCAUGAGAAAACCUCAGACUGAAGAUGUCUCAACUAUUGUUUCUUAUGUUUUCAAAGAUACGCUGAAAGCGCCACGACUUCUGAUCUCACUGGCGAAUCCAUAA